UUUCGUUUUCGAAAAAGGAAAAUAUCCUGGGACGUAAGCCGUACUUUGAACAAAUAUUGGUGAUGUGAAUCCUUGCUAAUUGUAACGCCGAUAAGAUUUUACACUAACACCGAUGAUAUUAGUGACCUCCGCGGGCAAAACCAUAAUAGUGGAAUACAGAAAGAAGACAUGUUUACCACGUUGCUUAAAGCGGUUAAGAGCGGAAAUCUGGCAGAAAUUGAACAGUUUAUGAAUGAAGAGAGAGAAACAAUACAACUCACUUCCCAAGAAGGACGAGAGCUUUUUAAAGAAGCAAUUGUAUCAACAAAUUACGAAAUCAUUCAAGCAUUAAUAAACGGAAGAAUUUUAGAGAACGGAAAUAGUCCUCGCGAAUAUCUGAAACCAUUGAACGGCCGAACAAUAUUUGGCUACGCUGUAUUUGAAAAGUUCGAUGAAGGAGCGAUAAAGAUUUUGUCUUCUAGUGGAUAUGAUAUGUUAUGUUAUUCUGAAUGUGCUGAAUUUGUUUUAAAACUGAUCGAAAGUUACAACCCAGAUGACCUAUCGGGCUUCAUCACGUACCUUGACAGACUGAAAAUAAUAUUGUCCAUGUGUCCUAACGAUUUCGUUCAAAACACUUUAAGAAAAAUGUUGUAUAAUGAAUCUAUUAUCCCUGAAGUUAUGCAUUCUGUUGAAUGGUUGAAAUGUCACUUUAGAUACGGGUAUGGAGUUUCCAAGUUUAGAACCAUCAACAAGAUCCAUAUGGAGAUGGGAGAGGGAAAGUGGUCUGAUGCUGUAAAUAGCAUUUUGUCACUAGAUGAAAACGAGGUUAAUGAAAACAUUUACGAAAGCUUCCCUCCCGGUGAGAACGUUCCUAGGUGGACUAUUUUAUCAUAUGCUGUGUCAAAAGGCAAAAGUGAUAUUGUUAAUUUGUUGAUAAAUAGAGGGGCUGAUGUGAACAAACAUUCUGAAAGAGUUCAAGAUGGGAGACUUAUUAAAUUCACACCAUUUGAGUUGGCUGUAGAGCUAAACUUUUUCGAGUGUUGUCGGUUGCUCGUAGAGAAUGGCUCAAAUCUGUAUCUGCAAAGCUCCAACUCCAUGGGAAAUAUUUUGAGGAAUGCUGUUCGCCAUGAAAACCUUGCUCUUUUAAAACUUAUACUUGAAAACCGGCGUUAUUCCGAUGACGACAUCCAGUUAUGUUACGAUGACGUAGAACGGGAAGUUCGUGGUGUAAAUAUCCAGGCACAGAUGACGGAGUGUCUGAAAGUCUAUAAACGAUUUGAGAAGACAGAAAUAACCAAUGCUAUAAAAGCAAUGUUAUUAUUUCAUGACGGCACACAACAGGAAGCGUUGGAUUGUAUACGAGAGUUGUCUGUCGAUGACCUCGGCGAAGAAAUUCGCCCGUUCUCUUCCUGGAGGCAAAGCUGGACCCUGCUAACGUACGCGGCUAAACUGAACAAAUUAACGAUAGUUGAAGCUCUGUUGAACCGAGGCUGUGAUAUUAACCAAAGUACGAGAUUAAUGCCAUAUAGCAACGAAUGUACGAUUAAAGGAGCCCUUAUUUUUGCCGUCGAAAAUAAUAAUUACGGCAUGUGCAAGCUUUUGUUAAAUGCGGGAGCACUAUUAUACCACGACAACAAUUCAGCCUUUCCGUACGCGUUUCGGCAGAAGAAUCAACAGAUCCUCAAACUUCUUGUAGAACGCUUAGAGGACAGCUGUCACGUGUUCAGGGAAUAUGCCUCUUUUGUUGAUAUCUCUAGCAGCGUAAAUGACAUUGUGGAUACUUUUAGUGUAGACCUGCUGAGUUUUAUCCUGCAAAAGGCUCGAAUCUCGGUGGACCUAUGGUUUAACUUGAUACAAGAAUGUUCGCUGCGGACGUGUUUUAAGAACGGUGCUAAAAGAGGACGGCACUACUUUCUCAAUCUAUUGCUUAAUUUCUUACCGUUUGCUCCAAAGGAAUUGCAGACCGCUCUUUCAAUGUUCAACGAACGAAAUGAACACAUUCGUACUUCAUUAAUGCACCACAAAACUUCUUUUAAAGAGAGAGACUGGCUUCAAACGAAUGUGGUCAGAUGUUCAAGCCUUCAAAAUCUAUGUCGGUUUACAAUCCGCCAAGCAGUACAUCCGUUUACAGAGAGUAGUGUUCAGUCAUUAGGGUUUCCAGUACUACUACAGGAAUACUUACUUGAGCAUCCAUUGAGGAAAAUUUCAGCUCAUUUAACAACAGAUGAUUUGAGUGGCUUACUAAUCGAACAGCAAGGAGAGAGAUUUUAUCUCUACGUGGAUCAUGAAACAAAUAAGCCCUGAAUUGUGAAAGAUUUCUUCAUGAAAGUCUAACAUUUCAGUGUUUGCAAAAUUUGAUACUUGAUGCAGAGGAUGGUGUUCUCUAGAAAAAAAAACAUGCCCAGAUCCUUACUAUAUUUCAUAAAAAAACAUCUCUAGGCAUAUUUUCUCAUAUACGGGAUUUUUAUAACUCAUGAAAAAGACAUGAAAUAGCCGCAACGAGUAAAGCGCGUGGCGUAUUUGGCGUAACGUAUGUAACUUAUUAUCUCUAGUGGACAUGUUUAUGUUAGUACAUUACCUUCCGGUGCUAGCUAGGAGGUGUGAGAUGUGUAAUGAUCUCUUCACAGAUUUUGUUAAAUAUUCGUUACAGAAAUGUUCUUUAACAAUUUUAUUAAAAAAGCUUGUGAAUGCCUUGCUUUUAUAUAUAUCUUUAGGCACAUUACAAGAAAAAACAUUUAGUUACGACUUUUAAAGUUGUCCACUAAACGGUUCAACAUGAAACACUGAGAUGACACGACACGUUCGACCAUGUCAUACUGCAAGUAACGUAAAAUCAGGGUUUUUUUACCUUCAAUGUUCUAAUGCAUUUAUAUGUAAUCGAUUAUUAAACAUUUAUCACUUGUAUAGGCUGUAUUUUGGAAAACAUCAGAGUUUCAUGAUGCAGUAUCCGUUUUGUAUGCACGUUGACAAAACAGCCUGUCCGUAGCGCAAAGUUAAAUGACAAUAUGUUUGAGGAACACACAUUCUGAAAAUCAUGGCCUUGUGUUCACCGUUUCACCGUUUUUGUCUGUUUCAGGAGAGAUUCAGCAAUGACGUUACAUCCGCAAUUCUACGAUAAAUUUCAUACACGUACUAGGUCGAUAUUAGUUAUG